GUUAAGUGUACAUCCAUACUUGCCCAAAGACAUGAGUAUUUCAAAGAGAAUUUGUUCUUUGGUUUAAAAUGUAAAAUGACAUUUUGAAUGCAGAAAAGAACUUACUCGAUUAAGGCACAGUAUAUGACAACUACUUCCAUUCAGUCAUGAUAAAUGGGAGCAAUGGGAAUUUAUGCCAAGUAUCUGGUGAUGUCGUUAAUGCUCUUUCUGAAAUGUCGAAAGGGGCAUACAUGCUUAUGGUAGAGAAAGAGAAUGAACGUCGCUUCAGAAAUAUCUUCCUUGCUAAAGAUUUAAAAUCUAUACAUUGGCAUGCUUCGAAAAUAUUGAGAGAAGAAUCAAGUGAUCAAGUUUCUGUCUCAGCAAUCUCGAAAGUUCUUGAAGGAAAGCAAUCUUCGAAUGUUAGAUAUAUAAAAAUUCCUGAUGACUACAAGGCACUGUCCAUACUUCUGUUGUGUAAUGUAAAUAAUGAAGAACGAAGCAUAGUAUUUGUUUGCGAGGAUAGAAAACAAUAUGAAUUAUGGCUUGCAGGUUUCCAGGCGCUAAAAAAAGGAAUUGAAAACAGCGAACUUUUACACGAAAUCCUCAACGAUGAAGAGGAACACAGUGUAUCAGUUAAAAGUAUUGUGUCGAACUUGGAAAGAAAUUCAAGCCAGAAGGACUCCGAUAAUAAUGCUGUUGUUAACGCUGGUUCUUCAAUGACGUUUACACAACAAAGCGCUAAAAUUUGUGAUCUUUAUACAUGGGGUAAUGGCAAGCACAGCAAACUUGGGCAUGGUGAAGAAACUGAGGAGUAUAAACCAAAAAUUGUUAAUGCAUUAAGUCGUUUGAGAAUUAAACUGGUUGCUUGUGGCACGAAUCACAUGCUUUGUGUUACAGUUCUAAUUAUCAUCAGUUUAAUACUUGAGCUUUUUAAUCUAAACUCUAACACUACUAACUGCAUGUGGGAGAAAACUUGGAUAAGGGUGAGACGCUUUUGGGGAGCUGGAUCAAAAGGUCAACUUGGUCAAGGUCACCUUCGCGACAGAUUUACACCAUUACGUAUAGAAGAGUUGCAGCAACAUAACGUUAUACAGAUAUCUUGCAAUACUUUUCACUCUACUGCAGUUACAGACGAAGGUAAAUUGUUCACAUGGGGAUAUGGGAGUUUGGAACUUGGUUAUGAAACUGUAAAUAAGAAACAAUUAACACCCAAACUUGUCCAAAGUCUUUCUUCGGUCACUGUCGUACGAGCGUCGUGCGGUAAAGAUUUUACAUUGGCUUGCACAAACGAAGGACAGUUGUAUGCAUUUGGUAAUAACAGAUAUUAUCAACUUGGUCUUGGGGAUAACGAUUCUCAUCGUGAACCCACAAUUAUUCAGUUUAACAACAUGAAAAAUGAAAGCAUCGUGAAAAUGGAUUGUGGUGACUACCAUUCUGCGGCUAUAUCAGACGGUGGAAACAUUUGGUUAUGGGGAGAGAAUCGAUUUGGACAACUUGGGACUGAAGAUUUUUUUACCGUUGGCAAACCAUUCAAUCUGCAGUUACAUGAAAACGACAACUCGAACGAUUUUUUAACUGACGUCAGUUGUGGAAGUCGACAUACAGCCAUAGUUACAUUUCGAGGAGCUGUGUACUGUUUUGGAGACAAUGCGUUAAGCCAACUUGGUAGAAAGAAUGCAACAGAUGUUACAUCAUACAAUAAACCAGAGAAAGUAAAAUUUUCAUCUAAAGUAAAAAUCAAAACAGUUUCUUGUGGUGUUUCUCAUACUGCAGCUUUAACAGCUAAAGGUGAUAUUUUUACGUGGGGUUAUGGUUAUGCUGGUAUGCUUGGGCAUGGCGAUGUUUUACCUAGGGCUCAACCAACUCAGAUAUUUGAAUGUUUCGAAGGAAAACGAGUUUUAACUGUUUCGUGCGGUGCAUACCAUACAGCAUGCACUGCCGAAAUUCGUCCUCCCGGAAGUCUUGUAAGAAAUUGUAUGGGGUGUUUAAGAAGAUUCCCUCGUAUUAUGCCGGCUCGAUGUACUUGUAGUAAUUGCGGUGGUACCUUUUGCGCCACGUGUGCACCAAAACGACCUCAGCGUCUUUGUGAUAAAUGCUACAGGAACAUUCAAGAAGAAACAUAAGAUAGUGAAGUGAUUUUUUCCUCAAUCUAAUUUAUAUUUAAAUAUAAAGGCGAAUUCUAUCUGCAGCAGUGUUAAUAAGAAGAUAGAUUACUGUACAAAUUUGCACUUAAUCACGAUGAAAGAAUGAAUUAAGUAAUGUAUAGCAAAUAACAAAGGUUAGUUACUGGUUGGCAUAAAGUUUUCUUUUAAAA